UGUCCCAAUGCUGCCGUGGUCGAGCCAGGGUUCUAUGCCCUAGUCAAGGACUUCUCCGCAGCCCAGGCAUCUAAAGCACAGAGAGCCACACACGUAAGAGGCUUUUUCCAGAACUCUCCUUUGAAGGUAAGGGAACUUUCAGAGAGAAACUUACUCAAAUGUUGCAGGCUAUAGAGCCCCACAGUGGAGGUGUCAUAAUACCCAUAAAACUAGUGGUCAAACAGGAAAAUGGUUCCAAUGGUUUUUCCACCAUUAAUUUUUCCCAUAGGAGAUUUUAGAAACACUUCAAAUAAGGGCUGUGUUUCGUGUAGGCUUACCUUGGCAUGAUGUUUUGAUAACCAUUUAAAUCUCUUUUGGACAAGGUGACUUUUAUAAAUAUAUUAGGCUCUAUUUACUCUCAGAUUCGAAAAUGCUAAUUAGCAUCUAAGUAGACAUCAUGCAAACCUACAAAUCCCUGCAAGCUCCUGCACAUCAUCGCCAGCUGCCACCUAUGCUAACAGGUAUUGUGUCAAUUUAAAACUUGCACAAAAAGUUAGCCAAUUUAUUCAUUACUACAUUUAACUAACAUUAGAUAGUAAAUCCAGAGAUUCUUACCUUUGCCUUGAUUCGUCAGUCUCGUCCAGAUCAUUUGUAGUUCUUUAUGAUAGCCACAUGAGCAGCUAAUUAGCGUUUCAUUUUUGAGGGUUAAAUAAAGGCGAAGAUAUUGAUAAAAGUCACCUUGUCCUAGAGAGAUUUACACAGUUAUCAAAUCGUCCCACCAGGGUAAGCCUACACGAAACACAGCCCUUAUUUUAAGUGUUUCUAAAAUCCCUUAUGGGAAACAUUUAUGGUGGAAAAAUGAUUUAGAUCCAUUUCCUUGUUGACCGCUAUGUUUUGUGUGUAUUAUGACUCGUACGGUGGUACUCUAUUGUACAAUUUAGUGCUUGCAGUUCUCAUAUGUAUUUACAAACAUCAAUUCCAAAGAGAUAUCAAAAUACUCUCCAAAUUGAUUGUAUUAUAAUUUUAUUAUUUCGUAAGAUCAUUGCUUAUGUGACAUAAACGUGUAUAUAUUUUCAACCAAGCACUUUUUCCCUUUUAAAACAACUUCGAGGCCCCAAGAGUAGUCUUUUUCUCACAGCUGCUGUGAACCUUCACAGUAACACUUGACCAAUAACUAAUACCAGACCUUGACCAGUAGAUGGCAAUGUCUUACCACUCCAUGAUGAUUUGUAGACCUGCCUCUUGCUGCACUUUCUGCCCAAAACACUGUUCACCAUGAAGUCAUAACCAUUCUAAUGAUUGACAUUUAGAACUGAUUGUACAUUCUCUGUUUGUUCUCCAGCUAAAGCUGAGCACAAAGCAGUACCCAAACUUCCUUCACAACUCCAAGCCACUGAGCCAUAGCAAGUGCCAGGACUUGGCCAAUCACUACCUGGGAUUUAAUGGAUGGAGCACCCACAUUGUUACAGUAAGGAGCAGCAAUGCCCCCAGAUUUGUCUCUUUUAUGUUCCAAUACUAAUAUAUUUGCCUGCAUGUUACAGUAUGAUACAACAGAUACAUUAUUUGUUUGGUUAGGUGGGUGCAGCCGAUGUGAAAUCGAUAACUAGUUAGCUUUGUGUGAGCAAUGACCUAAAGUAUUUAUAAAGACAUUUAAAAGAUUGACAACACAAGCAGAUGAUAGGUUGUCAGACUUUAAAGUAACACAUCUUCAGUCCCAAAUUUUGAAGUCAAUACAUUUCUGCUGUAGAGAAUAUGGACCAUGUCGUAUACUGUCGCUGUAUUAUGAAAACCUCAUAAAUCCGAAACAGAAACCUUUCCGAAAAUUUUAAAAAAAGACCAUAUUUUUCUGUUAAAGAACAUACAAUUAUGAAACUUCAGAAGCUAUUUUGAAUAUAUUUUCUUGGUCCUAGAGUCAUAAAAUGUUCAGAGUACAUUGAGGGGAGUUACUGCUUUCAAUAAAUUAAAAGUUUUUUUUAUAUAUGACAAUUGGCAAAAAUGAAGUUACAACGUUUUCAUCAGACAACGACAAUAUGUAAUAUAGUGAAACCUUCCUUUCUCUGGACAGCUGAAGGACAUCUCCAACUGUGACAAUGCCGGCAGGUCAUCCACCACACCUGGUGACCCUCAGGAGAUUACCCUGAAGUACGGCUGCAUCAUGGAGGUCACCUUCCCACAGCAUGGCCUUAGCUGUCGAGGCGUCGGAAUGGCAGAGGAGACCGUGGAGGGC